AUGAGACUCGUCCACACCCCCUCCUUGGGACGGGCUUUGUGCCGUCCCGGUCCCAACAAGCUCUCUAGGGGCUAUCUCCAAUCUUCUUUCUGGGAGGCUGGGCGGGGGAGCCGUCCAAUCGUUCAUAAAGCUGCCCGCCCUCGCAGCCAUCCUGCAGCUUUUGUUCCCGUCUCUCGCACUCUAAACCCCGGCUGGCUCCAGCUCAAGCAUCAGAACUCCUCCAUCACGGCACCCAUCGCCACUACUAUCACAUCUUCCUUUUCUACCUCUGCCAAGAUGUCGUCGGAUCUCUUUGUUGAGCUGUCGACGCCGGUCACCGGGCCCUACAAGCAGCCCAUUGGCCUGUUCAUCAACAACGAGUUCGUUGAGGGUAUUGAGAAGAAGAAGUUCGAGGUCGUCAACCCGGCCACGGAGGAGGUCAUUGUCUCUGUAUGCGAGGCCACCGAGAAGGAUGUUGAUGUCGCCGUUGCCGCGGCCCGCAAGGCCUUUGAGGGCGUCUGGCGCCGGGUCACUCCUCAGCAGCGCGGUCUGAUGCUGCUCAAGCUCGCCGACAUUGCCGAGAAGAAUGCCGAGUUGCUGGCUGCCGUCGAGUCCCUCGACAACGGCAAGUCUAUCACUAUGGCCCGCGGUGAUGUCGCUGCCGUCGUUGGCUGCAUCCGCUACUACGGCGGCUGGGCUGACAAGAUCGAGGGCAAGACCAUCGACAUUAACCCCGACAUGCUCCAUUACACCCGUCCGGAGCCCAUCGGUGUCUGCGGCCAGAUCAUCCCCUGGAACUUCCCUCUGCUGAUGCUCGCCUGGAAGAUUGGCCCUGCUCUGGCCACGGGUAACACCGUCGUCCUGAAGACCGCUGAGCAGACACCUCUCUCUGCCCUCGUCUUCGCCCAGUUUAUCAAGGAGGCCGGCUUCCCUCCGGGUGUGGUCAACAUCAUCUCCGGAUUCGGCAAGACCGCCGGCGCGGCCAUCGCCUCGCAUAUGGACAUCGAUAAGGUGGCUUUCACCGGCUCGACCCUGGUCGGCCGCUCGAUCAUGAAGGCGGCCGCCGAGUCCAACCUAAAGAAGGUGACUCUCGAGCUGGGUGGCAAGUCGCCCAACAUCGUGUUUGACGACGCCGACAUCGAGGAGGCCAUCAGCUGGGUCAACUUUGGCAUCUACUUCAACCACGGACAGUGCUGCUGCGCCGGCUCGCGCAUCUUCGUGCAGGAAGGUAUCUACGAUAAGUUCCUCGAGGCCUUUAAGAAGCGCGCCGAGCAGAACAAGGUCGGCGACCCCUUCCACCCGGAGACCUUCCAGGGCCCGCAGGUCAGCAAGCUGCAGUUCGAUCGCAUCAUGGGAUACAUCGAGAGCGGCAAGGCCGAUGGUGCGAAGAUCGUUACUGGCGGCGAGCGCCACGGCGAUAAGGGAUACUUUAUCAAGCCGACUAUCUUUGCCGAUGUGAGGCCUGAUAUGAAGAUUAUGCGCGAGGAGAUCUUCGGUCCUGUCUGCGCGAUUGCCAAGUUCAAGACCAUCGAGGAGGCUAUCCAGAUGGGUAACGACACCUGCUAUGGUCUUGCUGCUUCGGUUCAUACCAAGGAUCUCAACACUGCGAUCCGCGUCAGCAACGGCCUAAGGGCUGGCACCGUUUGGGUCAACUGCCACAACAUGCUCUCUCAUCAGCUGCCCUUCGGCGGCUUCAAGGCCUCCGGUAUUGGCCGCGAGCUCGGCGAGCUUGCCCUGGCCAACUACACCGAAAACAAGAGUGUUGCUAUCAACAUGGCUGGCAAGCUCUUCUAA